CAGACAGAGAGACCGACAGACAGAACAGGAUGAAUUUCUGGGAUCUCCUGCUGGUGGUCUGGAGCACUUGCUUCUUCAGUCUGCCCAGUGAUGCUUUACAACGGAUUGUCCUCAAGAAAAUGACUUCAAUACAGGAAGAUAUGAAGCUCAGAGGCUUUAGGAAUUUGGGGAAAUUCAACAUGGAUUGGCUCUCAUAUACCAAACAGCUGACCCUGCUUAAUGUAAUGUCCCCUGUUAGACUCACCAAUUUUGAGGAUACUCAGUAUUAUGGUGAGAUCAGUAUCGGCAACCCAUCCCAGACCUUCCAGGUUGUUUUUGACACGGGCUCUGCUGACUUUUGGGUGCCCUCCAGCAAAUGUAGCCCACUCUACACAGCAUGUGUGUUCCACCAUCAAUAUGACUCCACCAAAUCUUCCACCUACAAAGAGAACGGGACCGAAUUCAAAAUCCAGUAUGCAUCAGGCCAAGUCAUGGGCUUCCUGAGCGAGGAUACAGUGACUGUUGGUGGAAUCAAAAUGACCCAGUCAUUUGGUGAGGUGACAGCACUGCCCCUGUUGCCCUUUGGACUGGCCAAGUUUGAUGGUGUCCUGGGUCUGGGUUUCCCUGCCCGAUCAAUGAGCAAAAUCGUUCCUUUCUUUGACAACAUAAUCUCCCAAGGGAGGCUGAAAAAAGAAGUCUUCUCUGUCUACUACAGCAGGAAUUCUCAUGUGCCCGGUGGAGAGAUUAUACUAGGAGGUAGCGACCCCAAGUAUUACCGCGGGACUUUCCACUACAUCAACAUCAGCCAUCCAGGCUUCUGGCAGAUCCAAAUGAACGGGGUUUCUGUCAAAUCCAAUGUGUUGUCCUGCCAGGAUGGUUGCAUAGCAUCUGUGGACACUGGAGCUUCCUUCAUCACAGGUCCAAUCAGCUCCAUGAGGAAAGUGAUGAAGAAGCUAGGAGUCAAAGAAGAUGGAGACCAGUAUCUUGUACAAUGUGACCUGGCAUCCACGCUCCCAGAUAUCUCCUUCUCCCUGGACGGCAAGCCCUUCACACUCCACAGUUCUGACUAUGUUUUAGAGGAUUUGAAGAGCGAUGAUAAUUUUUGCUUGCUAGCCUUCCGUGGCCUGGAUAUACCACCCCCCACAGGACCUCUAUGGAUUCUGGGAGCAACCUUCAUCCGAAAAUUCUACACUGAAUUUGACCGGCACAAUAAUCGCAUUGGUUUUGCUGUGGCAGUCCAACCUGUUCCUGGUCAUGGGGCCAAAAGACAGAGGGAGAUGCUGUCUGGGGCCUAGCCUGCAUCCCUUUUGGAUCCUAUUUUCUCCCUGUUGGGUUUGAUUGUGAGACAAGUUCCUCCAUCUUGCUCUCUUCCUUCUCUAUUCCUCCAGGCCACUGUUAACCUUCUGCUUUAAUUGAGAAUAGAAUAAAGUUUCAAUGCUCAAAA